AUGGCUAUUUGGCUUGCUGUGGCUUCUAAUCUGGAAAAAAGUUCCCUGGUGCAGAAAAGGUUUGCUGACAAAAGAAGAGUUUCUUCCCCUCAAUAUGCUCCUGGAGACAAAGUCUGGCUCUCCACUCGAAACAUUCGUCUUAAAGUUCCAACACCCAAACUUGGUCCCAAAUUCAUCGGUCCUUUUCCUGUCAUUGAAGUCAUCAACCCUGUUGCUGUCCGGUUACAACUCCCUCCUGAGAUGCGGAUUCCAAAUGUCUUUCAUGUCUCGUUGCUUAAGCCUGCUGUCCCCGGUUCCUCUUCUUCUUCCCCAGCUCCUGUCCUGGUCGAUGGUCACCAAGAGUUUGAGGUUAAGCAGAUUUUGGAUUCUCGUUUUUCCAGGGGCACCCUUCAAUAUCUAAUUGAGUGGAAGGGUUUUGGUCCAGAGGAAUGUUCCUGGAUAAAGAAUUCGGAUGUCCAUGCUCCUGCCUUGGUCCUGUCUUCCACAGGCCAUUUAAUAAAGGGUGCAUUCAACUGCACUGGAGACCAGACAGAUUUCCUGGACUCCUUCAGACAGGUGUUUCUAAGGAAAGCUUUCCGUCCAGUGAGAGACCUCAAUCAUCCUACUUUAGUGAACAUCUCCAUAACUGUAUAUGCUAUCCUAGGGGUGAAUGAAAAGGACCAGCUACUUACCUCUUUCCUGUGGCUUACAAUGGUUUGGUUUAACGAGUUUGCAGAAUGGGAACCAGAAUUAUGUGGGGGAAUUCAAAACAUUUCCGUCCCAGCUGAAGAGAUGUGGAUCCCAGAUAUAUUUGUUCUGCAAUUCGUUGAUGAAGAUAAAUCUCCACAUCUUCCUUACUUACUCGUGGAUCAUACUGGACGGGUGAGAUUUCUGAAGCCCCUAAGAGUAGUGAGCUCUUGCAAUCUUAGCAUUUUCCGCUUCCCUUUUGACAUCCAGAACUGCACUUUGACAUUCGGCUCUUUUUUAGAUUCAGUCCAGCAUAUAAAACUAGGUUUGCUCAUGCCUAUGGAUAACAUUGAGAAAUUAUCUAGAGAUGCACUGACCUCACAGGGAGAGUGGGAAUUAGUCAAGACGGAAAGUUUCUUUGCUGAUGAAACGUUUGACCUUGUGACAUUCAAUAUCAUCGUGAAACGUCGCCCCAUCCUUUAUGUGGUAAAUCUGCUGAUCCCUAGUGCCUUCUUGAUGCUUAUUGAUGUUUUGAGUUUUAACCUUCCUCCUCACACUGUGGAUAGAGCUUCCUUUAAGAUGACUCUGCUCUUGGGAUACACUGUAUUCCUGCUCAUCCUCAAUGACUUGCUUCCUGCCACUUCUAGUGGUACCCCCCUAAUUGGUAUAUAUUUCUCUCUUUGUCUGGCACUGCUGGUCAUCGGACUUUUAGAGACUGUGUUUGUGAUGAACAUUCUGCAUCGAGGCUCCUCAAAAUGCCCUGCUGUGCCCAUCUGGGUCCGUACCUUGGUCUUACAUUAUUUAGCUAGAUUGGUAUGUUACAAGAAGCUAGACCAGUUUGAACCUGAGUCACUGAACAACUCUUUCAUUUCUGAAACAGCAAAGCACGGGAAGAACAUAAACACACAGCUCUCCCAAGAGGAGCCUACUCAGGGAGGUCUUCAAACCCAGCUGUUCUUGAGGAACAUCAGCAAUGACUUGCAUUCCAUGAGGAGUUUGAUGGAAGGCUACUUUGAACAACAAGAGAUGGCAGAAGAGUGGCUACGUAUUGGACUGAUACUAGAUACCUUGGUUUACAGAAUGUACCUUCUUUUCAUGUUGGUUUAUGCUGUGAUACUUGGGGCUACAUGGGGGACAUGGUACAAUGUGUAGAAUGAAUAUCUAAUAAUGAAAAAAUCGAAAUGCAAUAAAAUCAACAUUUAUAAUAUUAAUGUUCAGAACUACUCAAGUGGAAGGUUUCAUAUGUUAUCU